CCCCACCUUACAGAGUUGCGUCACAUCCUUCAAACAGGUGAACUGAUUUGCAUCGGUAACUGCACCCUCUCUCUCUCUCUCCCAGGCUCAUCCGAUGUGUAAACAGUGUAAACUCUAACCAGAGACGGAGCAGAGAAACAAGGAGACAGUAUCAAUUGUCAAGGAUGCACAUCUCUUGAGUGAGAAUUCUGCCGCGAACAUUUUGCAAAUAAUCACAAGAGUGGAUUGGGGAUGUGCAGAGUGAAUGGAAACUGACAGGAAUCCGUGAUUCUGCUGCAGAAUAAACGCUAUAAACUCCACUCAUCUCCCUCCGAGAGCAGAUCCUGCCCACCGUGUGCUCAAGUCUAAUGAGCCUCCAGUGUAAUUUCAGCACCUCGAAUCGAUGUAAUGCGAAUGGUGUAAACAAUGGGGUUAUCAUCAUCCCAGUGAUCCUUGGCUUCUCGUCUGUAGUUCUGAUCAUUAUUGUCAUCUGGAAGACGUGCAAGAUGAAGAAAGAAAAGGAGCGUGCUCCAGUCAUACUGCUGCAAGAUAAACCCAAUCCUGCAAAACGGUUGGAGAAUGAAUACGAAUCGAUGACAAAUGCAACAGAACAGAUUCUGGCAGCCAGGGAUCCCUCUUUCCAACGAUGGGAGAUCCCACCGGAAAAUCUGACUGGGAAUUUGGAAUAUAUGCAGAGUGGAACUUAUGGACCAAUAUACAAGGCUAACAUCCUCUCCACAGAUGGGUCUGGAGAAGUGAAAGCUGUAUUCAAAUCUCUCCAUGACAAUGCAAAUGCAAAGGAGAUUUUGGAAUACUUGGACUUUGUGAAGUUCCACAUGAAAGUUUGUAACCAUGAUUCCAUUGUGAAACUGCUGGGCUGCAGGACAGAGAAACUACCCCUCUACAUCUUUCUGGAGUAUGUGAGCAGGGGCUGCCUAUUGCAUUCAUUGUGGCAAUUACGUGAGACUGCAGCUGAAUCUGGGGAAGUAGUGCUGAAUCUCACAGAGAAAAGUAUGUACAGCAUUGCAAAGCAAGUAGCGUGUGGAUUGGAUUAUCUGACCACAAAGCAUAAAGUAAUCCAUGGGGAUAUUGCUGCCCGGAAUAUUUUGAUCCAUGAGGAUUUAACUGUUAAACUCGCUGGUCUGAGCCUGGCCUUUGAUGUUUACAAAACUGGAACGUUGUCAUCCCACAGAGCAGCACAGGUUCCAAUUAAAUGGCUUGCACCCGAAAGGGUCAUAAAGCGACCAAUCACAGAAAAGAGUGACACGUGGUCAUUUGGGAUCUUUCUGUAUGAAGUAGUUACUUUAGGAGCUCCUCCAUAUCCUGAGUUUCAGCCACUGGAAAUCUUCCCAAAGCUGCAAAGAAAUUACAGAAUGCCCAAACCGUCCAACAGCAGCAAUGCACUAUAUGACUUGAUGAAACAGUGCUGGCAGUGGAAACCAUAUGAAAGGCCAAACUGGUCUGAUUUGACUAACAAACUGGAGGCCUUGAUGAGCAAUGCUGAUGAAAUUAAGUUGCUGCAAGUAGCUGAUGAGCUGGACCUUAACCAGUACAAACAAGCUGCUGGGGUUUUCUGACUGAGGAAUGAGGCUAUGGGUAAAUUGUCAACAGAUGUGUGAAAGCAAGUGCUCGAUUGAAGACCACAAUGAACAAUAAGCUGAAUAGCAGAAUUCUUGCCUCGCUGGAGAAAAUGGGAAUUGCUAACUUGGUGAAAGCUUUGAAUACACUUUGACUGAAUGCUAUUUUAUAUGAUCGAAGACUUUGAGGUACUAUCAGCUGAGGUAACUAAGCAACAGCAAGUUGCUGUGCUCUCCAGGGAAUUUCUUGUGACGGCUGAAUCUUCAGUUUAAUAUGGAACCAGUUCACUUCCAAAAGCAGCAUGAAUGCUCUUUGAUGUUUGGCAAUAGCAGAGAAUGGAAUGUUCUAGAAGACUACAUGACUGUUGCAGUCAGGGCAGUGUACCAAUUAACCGAGACUAAGAAUAGUUCAGGAUGUAACCAAUAAAAGCUGUCUGUAAGUCCUAAAGUAAUGAUCAGCAAUGGGCAGAAUCCAUAGUUAAAGGUCCAUUAAUGCAAAGGUUUGUUUUAAACUAUUGCCUGUACUUGUUAAUCUUACUGCUCACAAUAGCAUACAUUCUCUAAACAACUUCAAACUGAGGGAGGGAAAGUCACCUGAUUUGUGACUUUCAACAAAUCCGCCACUGAAAGAUGUGAUGCUGUGAAAAUUCUCCCUGUAUUUUUAAUAAAUAAUAAGGCACACUAAGGGCAGUUUGUGGGGACUUUGGGAAGGGACAGUUACAAAUGAGGGGAGAAUCUAGUGAUUUUGUAUUAUUAUCCUGGUGCAUUUUUCUGAAUAUAUGGGAACUGCUGCAUUUUAAAAGAAUACAUCUGUAUUUGAAAGGUACAGACAAGAAAUUUAAAUUGGAUUUUAAAAAAAGUUAAAUUAAAUCUGAUUACUUCUCCACACUUGAGUAAUACUAAUAUGUUGGAAGUAGGAACACUGCAGUCAGUAUGAAACAGCUAAUAGCACGGGUCUACCUUUUUAUCUGUUUUUACUUAUGAUUACACCUUUUCUUUCUUCUCUUUUCCCCAACAAACCCUUCUGAUUGAUCAUCGAUAGAGAAUCACAGUAGACAUUUCUAUCCUUUAUUUAUUUGUGGCAGUGAAGGCCUCAGCUGACAUUAUGACCUCCAGUGGGAUUAAGACUUGAGAUUUUGGAGCCAUAAGCACUGAAUCAGCAUUGGGCUACCAUUGUGCUGAAUGUUACCAACUGCUAAAUCCCUUUAAAUUAAUUCUUUUGCUGAUAGUGGGCACUGCCAAAUGGACAGACCUUUGAGGACUGAUUGCAGCUGUAAAAUAUAAUGCCUCAUGACCCUCAGUUGAAGGUCACAUUUUCUAAAUUGCUGCCUGUUGCUCAUCAAUUAUCCCAAUCCCCUCAUUUUUACUCCAGGGUCAUGCACUGUCUGGGAAAUUACACUGGGGUCACUCCUGAGGUUGUGGAGGUGGGGAGCAGGGGGAUGGGUUGAAGGAAGAGAGGCAGGGAACACACUCUAACCUAACUAAAUGAAUUCCUGACCUGCAGAAGAGCAACUCGCUCCAUACAGACCAGGAAUGGUACCUGGCAACUGAAGGUGUGGCUAAAUUUACACUGCUCUACUGUUGCUACCUUUUAUCUUUACAAAAUGGGAAAGUUUCAUGUUCACCCCAGGGUUGCUAUGUGGAGUAUAUCUGUAAUCUUAGAAUAUGGCUGAUCAUGAUCUAAAAGCAUUGGGUGACAUGUCAGCCAAUCUUUGAGCUCUUGGACUGGGUUAGUAAUGAACACUCAAUACAGUUUAUGGUCAUUCUCAGUUCACUGUUGUUCUUGCAGAGUUUCCUAAAGGAAGGAUUCUUAACUUUAUUUUGCAGGUGACCUGCAGAAUGCCAUCUUAACUUAGUUAGUAUCUCUUCGAUCCAACUGCUACAGUAGUUGGUGACACUAGACUGCGUAGGUUUUUACAAGCAGCUUGGCUAGUGGGUGAACACACCAACUUAAUUCAAAAACAUAAUGUUAAACAUUAAUACAACAAUAAACAAAUGAAAAGAAACCUUGGCCUGAGUUUAGCUAUUGGUAAUUAAUGCUAAACAAAAUGUUUCUUUAAAUCGUGCUAUAACCAACAUAGCAAAGACUAUAGGCCCUGAAAACAUGCCGGUAGUGGUACUGAUGACUUGCACUCCAGAAUGAAUCAUAACUCUAGCCAAGUUGUUUCUGUGCAACUGCAAUACUGGCAGUGAGUCAAUCAAAUUGUCCAGGUAUGUAGUCCAUGAAAUAGAAUCCCUACAGUGUAGAAAAAGGCCCUUCAGCCCAAUA